CCCUACAGUUGCCAGAUUCUUUUGUUGAAGAAAUUUAUAAUUUAAAAUGUGCAGCGAUACGUGAAUGUCCCCAAGGAAAAUGAGUUGGAAGUAGUAAAGAUUAAACAACAGAUUCAUCCAUACUAAUAAUCUAAAAAGAAGACAAAUAUGCCUAUCCAGUUUUAUUCCAACCGUUAAAAAGCCAGAAACUCCCAAAAUGGAGGGAAGAAGGCCUCCAUCACUAUACCGGCCUAAGUCAAGGACAGAUUCGAGUAGUGGCACCGGAGGCAGAACGGAUAGUGGUCGGCUGCGUGGGGAUGGCGGCGGAGGCAGCAGUGACGAGGACGUCAUGUCAAAAGAACUUCGGCAUCGUCUGCAGGAAGAGGCAUCGUUGUACAGGAAACGCUUGGACACGUACAAACAGGCGCAACAGAACCAAGCAGCACUCGUUAGUAGAUUACAAGCAAAGGUUUUGCAAUACAAGAAACGUUGUGCCGAUUUGGAAUCACAAAUGGAUCAAAAUCCGAUAUAUCCUGAGCAACCUUCUUCACUAACUCCAAUCUAUCCGAUUUCAACGCACACACCAAGUUCGGCUGUCGAACAGGCUCAACAGCACCUCAGAGAAAUCCGAGAAGAAAGGAUAAGUGAUCUAGAUACUGCUUUACAAAGGCUCUCGGAAGAACGCAGGAGAGCAGACCGUUUGAUGCAGCUCAAUACAUCGUUAAGGGAACAACUGGAAGAAUCUCACAGCACCAACGAAGCCUUGACAGCAGACCUACAGAAACUUACCAACGAUUGGGAAAACCUUCGCGAGGAAAUGCUGGUCAAAGAAGACGAAUGGAAGGACGAAGAACAAGCAUUCAACGAUUAUUACAGCACAGAACACAAUCGACUGCUUAAUCUCUGGAGAGACGUCGUAGGAAUCAAAAGACUGUACAACGAAAUACACACCAAUACAGAACGAGAUCUUAGCAAGAUUAGAUUUGACAUUUCCGGAAUGGGCAAAGAAAUGGUGAUGGCUUGUAGCCGAAUGGAUACGAAUUUGUUUACAGAAAAUAUAUUUGGAGGUAAAGAAAAGCACCAACUGGAACAGGAAGUAGCCGAAAUGCAGUCCCAAAUUGAUUCCCUAAAACUGAAUUUGGAUACUCGUUCUAAUGAAAUUGUGAUGAAAGAUGAAAAAAUUCAAUUAAUGGAAAGGGAUUUACAUUCGUUGAAAGAAAGAUGUACAGAAGCUGAGCAUAGCUGUGGUCAAGUCGUUAAGAUGCAAGAAGAAAUCGAUAUUCUACAGGGAGCACUCAGGGACAUCGCUCAUGCUUUGAUACAAGACGCUGAAAACAAAGACAUCGAAAUGCUACAAGCUACACACCUCCAUCUUAGCGCUGGAACACCUCUACCUCAAAAAUCACCGAAAAGGUCGGCUCGCAGUAUGACAUCUCCAGCAGCGUUUGCUGAGAGUACGAUAUCAGCUGUACAAGCCGCUCUUCAUAAAUAUCAAUCAUUCAUUCAUGAACUACAGGUGAAGCUCCAGUCAAAUAAGGAGCAACUUUUGUUAGUUCGCAAGCAAUACGAAAACUCCGAAAACAGCGUGGCUGCUUUAGAGGACCGCUUAAAAGAAGUGGUGGCUCAAUUAGACGCUAGCCACGCCCAGUGUUCGCAAGUGGUCCAAGACAGGGACUUGCUACACAAGAAUCUAGAAGCCGUCAAGGCGGAGAAGAAUCAGCUCGACAGAAACCGGAUAGAACUGAACGGCUUGGUGGAGUCACUUCAGCAGGAUUACGACCGGCUGCAGAAAGCUAAUAACAAGAUGCAGAAGGAAGUCGAUAGCUUACAGGAAGAAAAAAUGUUUAUGCAGACCGAGAUAGACCGAAUGAACCAAGAAGCUGAUAUAAGGGAAAUCAAUUUGAGAGGGGAGGAAGAUCGGUGUAGUAGAAUGAGAGAAGAAUUACUUACUGUAAGAGAAGAAUUGCACAAGUUGUAUCUGGCACACGAUAUGUUGGAAGCUCAGAAGCUCGAAGCUGACAACUUGAUUGCAAGUUUGGAGAAGACAAAAGCUGAUUACGAAAUCCAACUUGACAGAGCUUUAGGUGAACGUACAGAUGUUCAUGAUUCUUUAGUAAAGAAAGAAACCAUAGCAACAAAUCUCGAACUAGACAAAAAGAAACUUUUAGAAGAUAUACGAAAACUAGAUGAUGAGAAAAAAUUACUGCAGCAUCAAUGUAACGACCACCAAAGUGAUAUUCAAUCACUCCGUAAGGAAUUGUUACAAGCAGAACAACAGAAACUUGAUAUAGAGUCAGAUAAAGUAUCUUUGUCUGAAAAAUGUAAAUUUUUGGAAAUUGACAAAGAAAAAAUUGAAAUGGAACUAAACCAAGUGACUAGAGAACGAAAUGAGCUCAGUAACCAACUCAGUGUUCUUGGUAGAAAACGGGACGGUCUUAAUGAAGAAUUGGUGAGAUGUCGACAAAGGCUUGAACAAGCAAAUGAAACAAAUGCCCGUGUCAAUAGAACUUUAGAGGACUUGGUUAAGGAAUGUGAAGAAAAACAGUGCACCAUCGAUGCCAUGGACAAAGAAAUGAACCGUACCCUUGAAUUAUUAGCCACUACCAGAACAGAAAAAGAAACACUAGAAGCCGUUUUGUUCGAUGCCCAAACCAAUUUAGAAGCUUCCGAAGACAAGAAAGCUCAGUUGGAAAAAGAACAGCAGGAAUUACUUAUAAAACAAGAAAAACUGAAAGCUCAAAUCGCUAAAGUGGCCAAAGACUUGGAAAGGUCUGAGAAGAAAUUCGUAGAAGUAAAGACUAGCAUGACACAUGCAGCUGGUAACAAAGAAGUUGAAUUUAAACAAACGGUUGACAAAAUGAAACAACAAAACGAAGAUAUGGUUAAGAAGUUGACUGAAGAGAAAGAGAAGAUCCGAACUUCUUUAGAGAAGAGGCUUCAACAGUCUUUACACAAAUUAACUAAUGAAAAGGAUGCGGAGAUUCAGCAGUUAAUGGAAAGAAUGGAAAAUUUGCAAAGUCAUAUUGAGAAUUUGUGCCAACAACAUGAGGAGUUGAUGUUAAGGGCUGAGAAUGACAAGCAGCAAGCAUUGCUAAUAGCUCAUCAUGACCACCAGGCUCUUCACGACAGGUUAGAAGCCACCAGAAGAGAGUUGGAGGACGAAAGAGACGGUGCAGAGAGGUUGAAGAGAGAAGCCAACAGCCGCUUCGAACAAGACCGAACGAACAUAAACAAAUUGAAGGAGGAACUGAGUAAGUACAAGACGCGGUUGGAGGAAGCGAAAGUCAGGACCGAAGAAGAAAUCAACAAGCUGGAACAGCGCAUCGAAGAGGUGAAGACGGAGAGAGAUAACUGUCAAAGUGAGGCGGAGAAUUUGAAAAUACAGUUACAGUUGUGCGAAAAUAAGUCGGAAGGGGUUGGUAAUCAGUUGCACGAGACUCUACGGAAACUUAAAGAAGCUACCAACAAUCAGGAAAAGCUGAGUAGAACUGAAAAUAAUUCAGAAUCUCUCAGAAAAGAGCUAACGGAUGUACGAAGGUUGCUGGCAGAUGGUAAUUUCGAGAAGGAGAAGUACCACAAUACGAACAAAGAGCUAAGAGAUCACAUCAAGAAAACGGAGAGCGAAAAACGGGAGCAGGCCAGACAGCUGGAAGAUGCCUACAAGGCUAUUUCAAAUCUCGAAGAUAUCAAAGUGAGCCUAGAAAACGAGAGAAAUCGACUUCAGAACCAAAUAAGAAACCUGGAGACUGAACAGCUGCAGAUCGAGCACAAGGUCCAAGGGCUACAAGAAGAACUACAGCGAACUCAAGCAGCGAAUUCACAGCAACAAACUGAAGAGAAAGAACUACAGGCUAGGUUAUUGAACGAGGUUGAAGAACGGGAAAGGGCACACCAAGAAGUGCAUCAGUGCAGAAAACAGAUUUCAGAAUUAGAACGCAACUUAGAUCACACCCGCCUGGAUUUAAACAAAACAAGAUCUCAUUACGGUCAGUUAGAGGAGCAAUGGCACGCCAGAGAACAAGAUCUUCUGGUCCAUUUGGAAGAUAGUAAAUCAAAAGAAAAACGUUUGGAAGAUCAAAAACAUAAUCUGGAAGUGUGUCUAGUGGACGCCACACAACAAAUUCAAGAAUUAAAGGCCAAACUCGGUGGUGCAGAAGGUCGAGUGAGAGCGUUGGAGAACCAACUUGUUCAUUUGGACUCUGCAAAGAGGGAAGUCGAUCAGAAAUUGAGCAGUAUUAUUUCUACGCUUCGCAGAAUCGCUGGUAUUCAAUUAGAUGGAUCCGUUACUAUGCCUUACAGAUUACUCAGUCCGUCUAGAAGAUGGAGCCCAGCCAGAUCAUACGAUGACGGUCGAGACGGAACAAUAGACGUGGACCCUGAAGUUGUAAGAAAAGGAGUAAGAAGUUUGAUGCAACAAGUAGCACAAAUAGAAAGAGAACGAGAUGAUUACAAAACCCAAGUGCAGAUAACCAAAAAACAACUCCAAGAGGCACAAGAAGGUAUGAGUAAAGGAGAUAAUAAACUGACGAAAGUAUUGCAGAACGUCAGGUCGUUGCAAGAGGAAAAGAGUGGUCUGGAGGCGAAAUUGGGGCAGAAGAAUACCGAACUUCAAGCUCAGAACAACGCGCUUCAAAAGAAAUCAGAGGAAGCCAAAGAAAUGAGGGAACGAGUUGUGAGCCUCGAACUGAGCCUAAGCAGUGGCAACGAACAAAGGUUACAAUAUGAGGAUAAAAUGGAUAAAAUGAAAGGAGCAAUUGAUCGACUGGAAGCAGAAAAACGAAGUCUUCAAGAAGAAUUAAAUAGAACAGAAAACAGAUCCACGAAGUUGGAGUUACAACGAAUGUCUGCAGAAGGUGAUCUACAAAGGCUGCAGAUGAUGUUACAAGAAAAGGACGCAAAUAUUCAGAAACUGCAAGAAAAAUGUGACCGCCAAAGUCGAACAAUAGCCAGUUUGGAAGAAAGAUGUGUAUCUUUAAAAUCAACCAUAGAUCAGAUGACAUUAUCACUAGAAAAAGCGUCUGUUGGCGAGUCUGAGUUAAAAGGAGAAAUGCAGAGUUUACAGAGAGCUCUCAUGGAUAGUACUUCAGCGUCUCAUACAGGAGCUGAACGACUCAAACAGUUACAAAAACAACUUGCCAAUAGUGAGAAUGAGCGUCGAGUCAUCACCGAGCGCUUUGAGUCAACCCAACAAAACUUGGCCGAGAUGAGAAGGAACAACCAGAUCCUGCAAGAUCAGGUGGCGAGGCUAAAUAAUGAAUUAGCCAAUAACGAGGUGCAACGCUCCGGUUUGGAAUCUCAGCUAAGAUUGGCGCAAUGGCCUUCGGAUACCGGAGUAUGUUCACAUCACGAAGAAGAACUGAAAAAUCAACUGCAUUCGGUACAGCGGGAAAGAAAUGAUCUAAGGACGAAAAUUGAGUCCCUUAAUAACAAGGUCAGACAACUAGAGACAGAAAACCGUUCAUUAGAACGGCAAGCGUCAAAAGGAACGAACAUCCGCAGCAAGUCGUAUGAACGUGAAAGACCGGAAAAAUACGAAUCAGAAUCACUGCCUGGCGAAAACAGAGACCUUCGUCUAAAAAUAUCACAAUUAGAGGCAGAACUAUCAGAAAAGGAAGCAGAAAUUGGUAGAUUGAGAAACCAGAGGCAAACUUUGGAUUCCAAAUUCGACAGAGCCGAGAUUGAAAGGUAUAGGGCAGCUCAACUUCAAGCUGAGCGGCUCUUGGAGGCUAGAGAACAGAGCCAUAGGCAGCAAGUAGCUAGAUUGGAAAAUCAGAUAACUCUCCUACGAGAACAGCUCAACCAAGAGAUCAAACGACGCCAACAGUACGUGAUGAGAAGCAGCAAGGCGGGCAGAGAGAUGCAACAGCUGCGACAAGCCCUAGGGGAUUCCCUGAGGACGGUAUCGCAGGAUCCCUCUCUUGACGCCCUUUUAUUGGAGCACGAGGCCAGGAAAUUAGACAACACGUUAUCGAACACUGCCAGUUUGCCUCCAGCAUUAGGUUUACCGUCGUCUUCGUAUAGGAGGGCGACCACACCACAACCCAAGUAGCAGAAUUCUUCGUAGGUCUUUAUACGUGAGGUUGACAGAAAUAUAGGAUAAGCUACUGGCAAGUUUCGUAUUUUUAAUACAUAAAUCAACAGUACCUAAUUAAAAAAUAUCAGUACCUACGAUCAGUUUGUAGACCGUUGGAUACCAUAAGAUAGGAAAUAAGACUAAAAAAUUCUUGAUCCCAUUAUUGUCUCGUUUACUCUUCGUCGGAAUUAUUCACUUCCAGGUUUCUUUUUCGUUUUUUUAGUACUUAACAUACUUAUCAUCAUUCAGUCAUCAUUUAUUUUGAUUUCUAUUUGGAACUAUCCUCGUUAUUAGCGGAAUUUGUAUUGUGUAGUGUUGAAUGUUGUCAACCAAUACUGACUUUAUGUGACCCUCCUAUAGAUAAAUCUUUAGGAUGAAAGUUGAAUAGAUUUUGUCAGCAAACCUUUUGCUUUCAGAGUUUAUGAGAUGUUAUUAUUAAUUGGCAAUAGUUCAAUAGUUGGUACUCAACAAUCCUACAUACUAUCUACAUCUAUUUAACUCACUUUUUUGGACUUUUGUCACAGCCCUAUCCCUAUUUUUUUUUGAUACGUGGACGUUUUCAUAAACUGUGAAGUUUGCGUGGUUUAUACAAACUGAAAGCGAGUAAAUAAUAAAAUAAAGAAUAUAAAAUGGAAAGAAAGUAUAUAAAAUGGAAAAUCACGGCAAAUGCGCGACGUUAAUGACCAAUCAUGGCAAACGUAGUGUGCCGUUAGCUGUCAUUCAUCUGCGCAAAGGACUAACAUUUUUGAUGCGCCGUCACCAAAAUGGAACAAAGAGAACAAAGGAUUUUCGCGGAGUGGCCCUACUGAUUCUUUAGCAUCAUAUUGUAACUUGAAAGACAAAAACGUAGCUUCACCUUUAUUUUCUGUCACCUAUGUGAGUUGUUAUCAAAUGUGUACCUAUUUUUUCGGUUCCUGGUUAAUUUUGUUUAGUUUUGUGAUUUCUAGCCUUAGAUAGAUUUGCACCAAAGAUCAUUAAACUUAUUUAUUUCGUUUCCAUGUUUUGUAAUCUGUCUUAGACGACAUCGACUUCUUAGUAGUUUGGCUAAGAAGUUACGAAGUACAUUAUAACAUUAUAUUAAUAUAUUUACACGACUCACUGCCAUUUUAUAUAUUUAUAGUUUGUUGUAACAGAUUAACUUCUGUCAUUUUUCGUUUAUAAGUCUCACUUAGUUGUUUAAUGUUUAUGGUUAUUUAUUUUUAAUAUUUUAAUGAUACUUAUUGUACUCCGUCCAUUUUUAUAUAAAAAAAUAUAACGUAGGUAAUUUUUGCUUCGAAUAAAACAUUUAAACAC